UACGGGAGUCUAGCGAGUCACUUGGAAACCCAAUCAAAAACGUUUUCCUUACAUUUGAUAUCAAACACUUAAGUUGGCGUGGGUGGAUUCAGUAGCAGUGAUAGAUUAAGCUAAUGUACAUCUAAUAUACUUUCUAACCUGAUACAGUGUUGGUGCAUAUCACUCUUUUGACUACAUCUCGUGAUUACAUAAUCAUAGUAAGGCUAAUCUGUUAAUUGUGACAAAUGGAUACAUUGUAAUGAAGACCACAAAAAGGUAUCACCAGAUUUAUCGUGAAAGUUAAACAGUACAUUUCAAAACCCAAGAGACAACAUCGCAUUCAUAAAUACUGGAAGAAGCCAAGAAGCCAGGGUGAUGGCAAACCUGGAAGACCUUCACUGCGAGAGUAAUGAAUCUUGUAGUGACGACUUGAUUCUCGUGCGAGCUGAUCAUUUGGCAGGGAAUUACGACAUGCUAGAACUGAACAAGAAUUCGUCACUGCAUCAAAGUUCUCAGCAAAGCAGCAGCAUGUUCGAUGAUGCUAGUUCUUCAGAAGCUCCUGCAAACAUUCAAUCACUCCGCCCACAAGUCCAAACACCAGCGACACACGCGGAAAACGUAUUGACGAUACCAAUCGGAUCAUUAGAUCUGUCCUCGAACCUAGUCUUCCAUGAGCCGAGUCUGACCAAGAGCAGCGAUGCACGAGACAGUCACGCUGUUGGAGAAGUCGGUUCGUCGCUGCAAAUUCGUAGAGCUAGCUCAGAGUGGCAGGGCGGGAUAUUUACUCCACAGGCUUCAAGGUCAACAGACUCGAGGGAACAGACCAUGGAGAUAAAGUUUCAAAGGUACUUCUAUCUGAGUAUUGUCGUGAUGGUAUUUUUCCUCAGCCCUAUCGCUGGCGCGGCCCUAGUAAUGAUCAUGAAGGCCAAGAAAUGGAAGGCGGCUGGUGUGAACAAGAAGGCAAUGGACUUAGCUGACCUCUCCCUUCAACUGAACGUCCUGGCCAUCAUCGUGGGCGUCAUUGGAUACGCCUCGACCGGCUUCUUCAUAUGGUACAACAACAAGCGAAUGGAAAAGUUGGCCGCUGAAGGACAUACACAGAGUCACGGAUGAAGUGCAUCUAUUGUCUUGAAUACGUAAUUUAAACAAUGUAAAAGAUGCCAAUGUUAAAUGUAAAAUUCAGGUUUCUGAAACCAAAAAAGAAACAACAAAAAACACUACAAUAAUGGAACUACUAUAACGACUACAAUAGUUCCACCUACUCAUCAACAAUUGAACUUGACUAAUUCAUUUUGGAACAUAUAAAUCUUAUGUAGUUUUUUUUACUUUUUAUUUUUAUGUUUACACCCAGACACAUUGUUGUUUCAAUAAUUUAACCUAAACUUAUAUGAAUGAGCAUAUGAGAACAUGUGAGACCUGAGGAUUUCCACAAAAAGAGUCACCGGUAAAUCCGGUGUACUGAAUGCGAAAUUGGCAAGUGUAUUCUGGGUAGAGUAACAAUAUAAUUUGUACAAAGCUUUUAUCAACCCUAUCUGUCUGUAUGGUAAAAGGUCUGUACACUUUAUUUCUUCCACACCCUAUCUCAGAUCAAGCUGAAAUUUUACACAAUUAUUCCAUUUACCUAACAACACAAGAAAAUCAUUUUUUUUUUUUAAAUUAGUUAAUUAAUUAUUUUGUUUGGUAUCUCGUACAAGGGAAAAAAUUGUACUUGACUGAUAAGGUGGUAUAAGUUGAAUUACUCCCCUUUAUACUUUAUAGAGAGAAAUGUUUACAACUAACAAUAGAUAACUAUAAAACCUUCUAUUUUCAUAAGUAUUUUCGCGGCAUAAUGGUUAAUGUAUUAACUUGAGGAGGUCGAAAAGACUUUAGCCCCCGAGUUCGAAUUCAGAUCGUUCAUUUUUGUAGUAAUUACAUCAAAAAAGCGAUCACUCAGAUACUUCCUUUCUUUCUUCACACUAACCUUUCUAAUUGGUCCAGGCAAGUGAUAGAAUCAUAGCGAAUUGAGAAAGCUAAAAGCAUGAAAUUGCACUAAACCAAUAUUAUUGAUAACAAUAUUUGUAAUCGAACAGAUUUAUUAUUACUAGUCAAGAUCAAUCACAAAUUUAAUUAUAUGACUGAUUUAAACUAUUUGAUACAAUUACGCUUAAUAUAGUCUUUGUUUUUUUUAAAGUAUUUUAAAAAUGUUUUUCUUGAUUAAAAUAAUUUUUAUAUCCUGAAUAAAUAAAUAUUCUCAAUUUGUUGCACGAAAUAGCGUCCUUGACAUUGUUUAUAUGUCUAUUCUCAGCAUGAUGUACAAAAUAGCGUCCUUGAAAUUCUUUAUAUAUCUAUUCUCAACUUGAUGCACAAAAUAGCGUCUUUGACAUUGUUUAUAUGUCUAUUCUCAGCAUGCUGCACAAAAUAGCGUCCUUGACUUUGUUAAUGUGUCUAUUCUCAACUUGAUGCACAAAAUAGCGUCCUUGACAUUCUUUAUAUGUCUAUUCUCAGCAUGUUGCAUUAAAUAGCGUCCUUGACCUUGUUUAAAUGUCUAUUUCAAAAUGUCUCCCAGUCUGCUUCUUUUUAUUUUCUUUUUUUUUAUUGAAUCUAAUUUAGAUUUGAACAAAAUAUUGGAGGGGGGGGGGGAGAGUUCAAAACCCUAUAGUUGGCCUCGUUCAGACCUAACGACUCCGGUUGGUCUCGUUAAACACUUUAUCAUAGACUGUGUGUUCUUAUUUUGGAGAAACACUCACGUCCACAUAUAUCUCGAAAAAUAAUUUUAUCUUAUCUUAUAUAAUACAGACGUUACUUCAAAAAAAGAAUAUGAUUACGUCCUACGCGUCAUGCAUUUAGUCAUGCAUAUUAACCAAUGACCUAAAUUCUGCUAAGUCACUGGUUUUCCUGGCUAGCUCAGGCAAUCCAUUCCAUGCGCUAAUAGUUAAGGUGCCUUUCGCUUUGGUGGUAGAGGAGCCAGCCAUUUUUACGUUUGGCAAGCCUUUCUUCCAGAGCUGAGGCCCAUGUUUUUUUUUCACUGUCCAUAGCUUUCUUGGUCACUAUCUCUCUCCACAAAUGCGGUCUAUGGCUAUGUCUUCUAAUAGUCCGUAUCAGUAUCACUAUAUCAAAACCCUAUAAUAGUAAUAGUUAGGUUGUUGCUAUUCCUGAAUGAAGCAUUUAUUAUUUUAGAUGGUUCAUAUUUAGUGAACGGAUUUGUGUUGGGUCACUAAAAGUGACCUAUAAACUUUGAAUAAUUAAUUUAACAGCACCCUUUUACUGACUACAUUUCUUAGUGUUACUUUAUUUCAAGUUUUGUCAAUGUUAACUACAUUAGUAUUUGUUUAGCUUUUAUGAUUGUAUUUACAAUUUAGAGAACCAAAUUAUUUUAUUUAUGUAAAUAAUCAAAAGCUAUUUUAUUUUUAAAAUUGCAUUUGAAGUGCAUGUAUAAUUAGUUGAAAAGUUUAUUUUCACUAUACAGCAUUGAAAAUAGUGUAUUAAAUAAGCAUUGUAAAACACUU